AUGACAACACCUAUCCCUAUUGAGGAAGAUUGUUGUUGUUCUCCACGGAAAGGAGGAAAACAAGUUGUACACAACUGUACAGGUGGAUAUGAAUCUGUUUCCUAUCCCUCUUUUCCAGGUAGAUCUUUCGAGUGUGAAGUUUGUAGAAGCAGAAGCUCUACAUGUUCAGGACAUCGUCAGCGGUGUAAUAGAACUCAAACCAUCUGUGCUGUAAUGUUAGUAGAAAACACACAUGAAGGAAAACCACAAUUGUAUGCAAUAAAAUCCUGUGCGGAGAGAAAAAUGUGUAAUCCGCCUUUUCAGUCUCUGAAUAUGGGCCGAGGGAGAUAUGAACGGUCAAAGGUCAUUUGUUGUGAGGGAAACAACUGCAAGAAGGCUGUUGCUCGAUUCCAACCAGGGUUCAUCAUGCCCAAUGGGAAGCAAUGCCCAGCCUGCUUUGCCAAAAGCCGUUCUGAAUGUGGAACAGCCAGAGUGGAUUGUUCUGGAGAUGAAUACUACUGCAUGGAAGUAAUGCAAAGCAUUACAUUAGGUAAAUCCAAAUUUCUAGACUUGUAA